ACAGAGUUAACAGAGCGACAGAGAGAGAAAGCGACUUAACAGGGCGAUGGAGAGAGAAAGCGAGAGAGUGAAACCUUUCAUUUUCGAUUUUUGAACACCAAAAAUGGCUGAUUUGAGCUAAUCUUACCGAGAAGAAAGAGAGAGUCGGUUGCCGUCGGUAGCUUCCCGUAAUUGCUUAGAGAGAGAGAGAGAGAGAGAGAGAGAGAGAGAGAGAGAGAGAGAGAGAGAGAGAAAGAUUUGAGCUGAUCUUGGCGGUGGUUGUGGUGGCGGGGAGAUGGCGAUACUGUACGCGCUGGUAGCACGGGGAUCGGUGGUGCUAGCGGAGUUCAGCGGCACGGCGACGAACGCGAGCACAAUCUCCAGACAAAUCCUCGAGAAAAUCCCCGGCGACAGCGACACCCACGUCUCCUACUCUCAAGAUCGCUACAUCUUCCACGUCAAGCGCACCGAUGGCCUCACCGUCCUCUGUAUGGCCGACGAGACCGCUGCCCGGAGAAUGCCCUUCGCUUUUCUGGAGGACAUCCACCAGAGAUUCGUGAGGACCUACGGCCGCGCUGUUCAUUCGGCUCAGGCUUACGGCAUGAACGAUGAGUUUUCUAGGGUUUUGAGCCAGCAGAUGGAGUAUUACUCCAAUGAUCCUAAUGCCGAUAGGAUCAAUCGACUCAAAGGCGAAAUGAGCCAGGUGCGAAAUGUGAUGAUUGAGAACAUUGACAAAGUUUUGGAUAGAGGGGAUCGCUUGGAGUUGCUGGUUGAUAAAACUGCUAAUAUGCAAGACAAUACCUUCCGGUUCAGAAAGCAAGCUCGCCGAUUCAGAACCAGUGUGUGGUGGAAAAAUGUUAAGCUCACGGUUGCAUUGAUAUUCCUUGUGCUAGUAGUAAUUUAUGUUGUGCUGGCUUUCGUUUGCCAUGGCCUCGCACUACCCUCCUGCUUGAAGUAGUGAGCAUGACAAACAAGUGAAAUUGGAACGUGCUUUUACUUCGUUUUCUUCCUCUUCUGGGUAUAUGGGAUUCUUCUAUUUAAACUUCCACAGACGUAAGUUGUCAGAUUCUUGUGUUUAUGUGAUUUCAAAUCGCUCAUUUGUGUGUGUAGCCUGUGGGAGUUUUGAACUGGUUCAGGUUGUAUUUUCUUGUUUAUCUUUUGGCCGCUAGGUUGUGUGUUUCUUGAAACAUAGCUUGAUGAGUUUAUUAUAUUUAUGGCUGGUCAUAUUUUAUCUA